AAUCUCUCAUGCUCAAAGAUUCGCACAGAAAACGUGUGGUACAAUGUUAAGCCAUUUCGUCCCAUAGCUAGUCUUUUGAGCCAUCACUUUGUCAUUUCACUCUUCUUUUUCGGUGCAACUUUCUCUUCUCCCUUCUGCUCCCCUACUCUUCCCCAUCUCUCAACCAGCAAUUAAUUUAGUUGUACACUCAAAUCAACCAUGUGAACUUUGUUUUCUUAUUACAGAAAUGCCUCACAUACAAAUGAGAGACCCUGAGGAGAACCAUGUAAUAUCAAGGGAACCUCUAAAGGCUUCCAUGAACCUGAAGAAGUCAUCCCGAAAGAUUCCCAAAAUUGAAGAUAGCUUGGAAGUUAGCAAGAAGGGUGAAGUAAUGAGAAAUGGAAAGAGAAGAGGCAAAGGAAGCAAAGUGGAUCGGUUGCAAGGUACAAAACUUGUGUCUACUCUGAGUUCUGCAACUCCAUGCAAGAACCUUAUGUUCCAUGGGAGGCCUGACUAUGGUCAACUUGGGACCAAGUGUAUGGUUAAAGCCAAUCAUUUUCUUGCUGAGAUACCUGGUUCAGAUUUAAGUCACUAUAGUGUAAAGGUAAAACCAGAAGUUACUUCUCCUAGUGUUAACAAAGCUAUCAUGAACCAGUUGGUUAAACUUCAUAGGAACAGUGACCUGGGGAUGAGGCUUCCUGUUUAUGAUGGGGGAAGAAACCUUUACACUGCUGGAUCACUGCCUUUUACCUCUAAGGAAUUCACGGUAAAGCUGGUUGAUGGGGAUGAAGCAACAGGCAUUGUCAGCAGGGAACAAAUGUUUAAAGUGACCAUUAAGUUUGAAGCAGUUGCUAGCAUGGAACAACUACGCAACCUUCUUUCAGGGAAGCAAGUUGAUUCGCCCCAAGAAGCCAUUAGAAUUAUUGACAUUGUGUUAAGAGAAAUUAUGGCCCAGAGGUACAUACCAGUUGGAAGGUCUCUUUAUUCUUCUAAUAUUAAAAAACCAAUGUCCAUUGGAGGUGGAUUGGAGUCAUGGCGUGGCUUCUACCAGAGUAUAAGACCUACACAGAUGGGGUUGUCACUAAAUAUUGACAUGUCAACAACUACGUUUAUUGAACCACUCCCUGUCAUUGAUUUUGUUGCUCAACUUUUGGGUAAAGAUGUGUAUUCAAGACCAAUGUCAGAUGCAGAUCGCAUUAAGGUUAAAAAGGCCCUUAGAGGUGUCAAAGUUGAAGUGACACAUAGAGGAAAUGUACGCAGAAAGUACCGGGUUUCAGGAUUGACCACUCAGCCUACAAGGGAGCUUAUUUUCCCACUUGAUGAGCACAUGAAUAUGAAAUCAGUUGUUGAGUACUUUCAAGAGAUGUACGGAUACAUGAUUCAAUACAAACACCUUCCUUGCCUUCAAGUAGGAAACCAGAAGAAGGUGAACUAUUUGCCCAUGGAGGCUUGCAAGAUAGUCGAAGGACAGAGAUACACAAAAGGGCUGAAUGAAAAACAGAUCACUUCCCUCUUAAAAGUUUCAUGCCAAAGACCCCAUGACCAAGAAAUGGACAUCUUACAGACAAUGAAUCAAAAUGGUUAUGAUCAAGAUCCUUUUGCCAAGGAGUUUGGCAUCACUAUAGACAACAAGCUUGCAUCAAUAGAGGCCCGUGUUCUUCCGGCUCCAUGGCUGAAAUAUAAUGAUACUGGGAAAGAGAAAGAAUUUCUGCCCCAAGUUGGUCAGUGGAAUAUGAUGAACAAGAAAGUGAUAAAUGGAAGUAUUGUAAGGUAUUGGGCUUGUAUCAACUUCUCACGAAAUGUUCAAGAGAGUAGUGCUCAUGAUUUUUGUCAAGAGUUAGUUCAGAUGUGCCAAAUUUGUGGCAUGGAAUUUAAUCGGGACCCUGUUAUUCCAAUCUAUUCAGCAAGACCAGAUCAAGUGAAGAAGGCACUAAAAUAUGUAUACCAUGCUGCAUCAACCAAACUUGAAGGGAAAGAACUGGAGUUACUUAUUGCCAUUCUUCCAAACAACAAUGGUUCAUUGUAUGGUGAUCUGAAGCGAAUUUGCGAAACAGAUCUUGGAUUGAUUUCUCAGUGUUGCCUAGCAAAACAUGUCUCCAAGAUUAGCAGACAGUACCUAGCAAAUUUGUCACUUAAAAUUAAUGUCAAGAUGGGUGGAAGAAAUACUGUGCUAUUAGAUGCUUUAAGUUGGAGAAUUCCUUUGGUUAGUGACAUACCUACAAUAAUUUUUGGAGCUGAUGUAACUCAUCCAGAGUGUGGAGAGGACUCUGCUCCAUCUAUAGCUGCUGUUGUGGCCUCACAAGACUGGCCAGAAGUUACAAAGUAUGCUGGAUUGGUAUGUGCUCAGCCUCAUAGGCAAGAACUUAUUCAGGAUCUCUUCAAAAGCUGGCAGGACCCUCAACAGGGAACAGUUGCUGGAGGCAUGAUCAGGGAGCUCUUACUUUCAUUUAAGAAGGCUACCGGACAAAAACCACUAAGGAUAAUCUUUUACAGAGAUGGGGUCAGUGAGGGCCAAUUCUAUCAGGUUCUAUUAUAUGAACUCGAUGCCAUUCGUAAGGCUUGUGCAUCACUAGAACCUGGUUAUCAACCUCCAGUAACAUUUAUUGUGGUUCAAAAGAGGCACCACACUAGGCUAUUUCCAAGCAAUCACAAUGACAGAAGCAGCAUCGACAAGAGUGGGAAUAUUUUACCUGGUACCGUGGUGGACUCUAAGAUCUGUCAUCCUACCGAGUUUGACUUCUUUUUAUGCAGUCAUGCAGGAAUCCAGGGGACUAGUCGACCUGCUCAUUAUCAUAUUCUCUGGGAUGAAAAUAAUUUCAGUGCUGAUGAGAUACAAUCUCUGACAAACAACCUCUGCUACACGUAUGCUCGGUGUACGCGAUCAGUUUCAGUAGUGCCCCCGGCUUAUUAUGCUCAUCUAGCAGCCUACCGAGCACGAUUCUACAUCGAACCUGAAGCCUCAGAAAAUGCUAAAGCACGAUGCACACGCACAACCAGUGGAUCCUGUGUCCGCCCUCUACCGGCGUUAAAAGAGAGGGUGAAGAGUGUGAUGUUCUACUGUUAGCGGGGAGAUCAAUUAGCAAAUGGUGCAGUGUCUAAAGCAAAGUGAAAGACCAAAAUCUGUACAGUACAUGCAUGUAGUUUUCGUCCGUAGAAAGGUUAUGCACUGAAAAUUUUGAAAGUGCAACCAAACAGCGUUUCCCCACUGACUGUAACUCUUAACAGAAGGCUAACAAAAGUAGAGUCCCAUU